UCUCCUCCUCCACAGUUUAAGGACGCAUUUGGCAAUUCUGAUUACGGACAGACUGUAAUUGAUAAAGUAAGCACCUCUCCUUCGGCGAGAUCAGCAGUGCGUGCUGGGGACAAUGCUGCUGUGGUGGACGUCCUAAACAUCUUCGCAGAAACUACAAAAGAAAGUGAGAAGACUGUGUCUGCGUCAAUUUCCAAAGCAAUUCAAAGCAGCAAGGGUGACUUUACAGGAUAUAAUUCUCAAACUCUGUGUGAUUAUUAUGGUUGUGAAAAGGAAAAUGAGCAAGACAACUGUAGCGAUGGUUUGCUGUGUAAAUGCAAGCAGGGGAUGGAAAGACCUAACCCCCAGGUCCCUUUGUGUGUUGUUCCUGCUGUAAAGUGUCCUGACACCUGCAAUGCAGACAACAAUGAGCAGUGCUUAGUGAAUAAGAGCGGCGGGAACCCUGAAUGUGUGUGCCUGUCGGGCUACAAGAAAGAUGAUCGUGGGGUCUGUCAAGAGUGUGCAUUUGGCUACAGCGGAGUCAACUGUGAAGACAAAUUUCAGCUGAUCCUCACUGUCGUGGGCAGCAUUGGCGGUGCCCUCAUUCUUUGCCUGGUGAUUGCACUGAUCUUCUUAGCAAGCCCAAGGAACAAAAACAAGAAUACUGAAGAACAGAACUUGAUUGAGAAUGACUUUCAAAACCUGAGACUGCAGCAGACGACAGGCUUCAGCAAUCUCGGAGCAGAUGGGAGCAUCUUCCCUAAAAUCAGGGCAAAUGUCUCCAGUCAGCCACCGAAUCCCUAUGCACACCAGAGAAGCAUGCCCCGCCCUGACUACUAGAAUGGUAAAAAUUGGGGACCAUCCAUGGCCCUUGGCCCAAUGUAGGAGCUUUUCUUUUGAGUGUUUAAAAGACCAAUGGGGAAGUGAGCAGCCAGGAGGAUCUGGCCUUUGGAAUUCCUCUGCCACCCAGGACCCAGCCUCUCUGGAUAAAGUUGUGACUGCUUUCAAGGAAUGCUGCCUGUUUGCUAAGUACCUAGGAAAUUAAAUGCAUAUAGAUGCUAUUAGCAUUGCUAAGAUAGUUGAUUUUGUCCAAUCAGUACAGUGGUUAGGUUUCUGGUUUUGUUUUUUUUUCCUGGUGGGGCAACAGUAACCAUUUCCAAUCUAGAGGAAAGCCCCCCAGGAUUGUUGACUCCUGGGAGAAUGUUGCUUUGAGUUGAUAGCCUACAGAUAUGUAACCUAAUUCUGAGAGACUCUUACGCACCAGCUAUGGCGGUCCCAGGGCAUGGGAAGAAAUACCAUCUUCUAAGGUUCUCGGGCUCAUUCUCUAAUAAGUUAAAAUAGGAUGCUACUUUAGUCCCUCCAGUGUAGGCAUUUCAUCACCCUUGCCCUGCCAGGAGCUUGUGACCUGGCCUCACACCAAGGAGACAGAAAAAAGACCUGCCUCUCAGCUUUUGGGGGAGAAGUGACUGGGAAUGCAGGAUCUUUUUGAUGUUAAUUAGAAGGCCCAGACUAGAACUGCCCACCAUGGAGUACAUCCUAGAGUUUUUUGUUUUGUUUUGUUUUGUUUUGUUUAAGAUUUCAUUUAUUUGACAGAGAGAGACAGUGAGAGCAGGAACACAAGCAGGGGGAGUGGGAGAGGGAGAAGCAGGCUUCCCGCCAAGCAGGGAGCCCGAUGUGGGACUCGAUCCCAGGACCCUCGGAUCAUGACCUGAGCUGAAGGCAGACGCUUAACGACUGAGCCACCCAGGCGCCCCACCCUAGAGUUUUUGAAAUGCCAGUAGGUGGUAGAGGCGGGGAGGGAAAAAAACCCAAAAACCAUAACCAGGAGUGAGAGGAACAGAGGCAGAAGGGAGCUGGGCUGGGAGGAUGAGUGUGGGAGAACGCUCGCUGGACCCGCCUUCAUCCUCAGAUUCUUCUCAAUGAGCAAACGGACAUUUCCUCCAGUUCACGUCCUACCCAUGACUUGGAGCCUAAGGAAGUGUGAAGACAACACCCCAGGGGCAAGAGCUGGAGGUCACUUUGAGAAACUGCAGAUUCUGUUUGGCUGAUGGUGAAAGAGGGAGCUCGUGGCUCCUCGGCUCCGGAUGUCCGGGCUCAGGACGCAGAGUGCAGAGGUCCUUCGUGGAGGCCCCGGCCUUCGCUGUGGCCGCCCGCGCGCACGCAGACACACCCAGCACGCAUUAAUGUUAAUAGUGUCCUUGUUUAUGCCUAAUGUCUGGUCUCCUUGCAAGUUAUUUUUAUUUGUUGUUACUGUUACUUGUUCUUGACUAUUAACUGUAAGAGGUAACAAAUAAAGUGUCUUUGGUAGGUGGCAUCCUUCCUUGUGUUUGGGCCCU